AUGUCGAUGUUGAAAAAGGUUGCGUUCGAGUGGUACGAUACAGAAGGCGGAAUCUGUCUUGCUGGUCUCCGAAACCUUCUUCAGGCCGCUCCCAGCAUUGAGAGCAGGAUAAUCUCACCAUUCAGUCAGGAGGAUGACGAUAAACUUGAGUUUACGCUGAACCAACUCACCUAUUUGGAACUGAGGCACUCCAUGGUGGGGGCUGGAGCCUUGGAUUCCAUCUACAAGUUGUGCCCAAACCUCGAGAUAUUCAAGUAUGAGACCGGGGACGCCUGCAUUGGCUAUGAGCAGUUUGCACCCCAGGACCUUCAGCGGGUGACUCUGAACCAUGCUCGGAAGCUUAGGAUGCUGAUGAUGAAGGAGGGCCCUGGCAGAUGGGAAGAAUUGUAUGACGACCACCUGCAUCCGGGCGUGUACGAAAGAUGCCUUGGUGGAAUUGAAUGCUGCACUGAAGGCUCGAGGGAUUGA